AUGGAGAGCAAGCCAGCGGUGAAUGGCCACGCUGUCCCCAGCUUUCCCGGGGAAGACACGCCAGGGAAAAGCCGCUUGUGCCAGGAGGCGAUGCCGCACAAACAGCCGAGAGCAGCCGGCGGGGCCGCGGCGGGGCCGGAUGCUCCCGGGGAGCCCUCGGAGGCAGCUGGCAGCAUUGCUGGCGUGUAUGUAGAGGCUUCAAAGAAGAUAAUGAGCUUUUAUGAGGCCACCAGAGAGCACCUCCUGGGCCUGGAUCCGGCCCUCAGCCUCCUGGAGGCCCAGGCAGCCACGGGCUCCGUUGCCGACCCGGUGACGCGCCGGCGCGUCUCGGUGGCAGACGCCGUGCGCCUGGGGCUGGUGGGGCUGGAGCUGAAGGAGAGGCUGCUGGCAGCGGAGAGAGCUGCCACUGGUUUCCUGGACCCCUACACAGAAGAGAAAAUCCCCCUGUACCAGGCGAUGCAGAAGGAGCUGGUGGGGAGGGAGCAGGGCACGCGGCUGCUCCAGGCACAGAUGGCAACCGGCGGCGUCAUCGACCCGGCCACCGGCGCUCGCCUGCCCGUGGAUGUGGCCUGUGAGAGGGGAUAUUUGGACGAAGAGAUGAGCCGGCACCUCUCUGACCCCAGCCAUGAGGACAGCAGAGGGUUCCUCGAUCCCAGCACUACAGAGAAGGUCACCUACUCGGAGCUUAGGAAGAGGUGUGUCGUGGAUCCGGCCUCGGGCUUCCUCCUCCUGCCCCUGCAAAUCACAUUCCCGGGGCUGGGAGGGAGGGUGAGCAGCAGGGACCUGCGGGACUCCGGCAUCAUCAGCCACGACGUGUUCCGAGGCCUCGAGGAGGGAACAGUCUCUGCACAGGAGUUGGCAGAGAACGACGUCGUCCAGCAGUUCCUGCGUGGGACGAGGAGUGUGGCCGGGGUUGUCCUGCCUUCUGGGGAGCAGAGGAGCCUUUACCAAGCACUGAGAGAGCAUCUCCUUGUUCCUGGUGCUGCUCUGAUGCUCCUGCAAGUCCAGGCCUCCACCGGCAGCCUGACAGACCCCCUGAAGAACAAAACCUACUCAGUGGAUGAGGCUGUCAGGGUCGGUUUUAUCGGCCCAGAGCUUCAUGAGAAACUGUCUUCAGCUGAGAAAACCAUCACUGGAUACAGAGACCCCUCCACCGGGGAGAUGCUCUCCCUGUUCCAAGCCGUCAGGAAGGGAUUUGUCCCCAGGGACCACGGCCUCUGCCUUCUGGAGGCUCAGAUGGCCACGGGGGGUGUGAUUGCUCCAGGCAGGCACCUCCGUGUCCCCACGGAGACAGCCUGCGAGUGGGGGUACCUGGAUGAGGCCACCAGACAGCUCCUCUCCAGCCCUCCCGACCACGUGAAAGGGUACUUUGACCCCAGCUCCAAGGAAAAGAUGAGUUAUUCGGAGCUGCUCCAGCGCUGCGUCACCGACCCUGGCACGGGGCUCCUGCUGCUGCCACUUGGUGGGGACGGCGCUGAAGGAUCCCAGGGAACCCCCCUUUUCUUUGACCACAGGGCCCAAAUGGCUCUGGAAAACACCCGGGUGCCCAUUUCUGUAGGGAAGUUCAAGGGCAAGUCGGUGUCCCUCUGGAAACUCCUCUUCUCUGACCACAUCCCGGGCAAGCGCAGAGCUGCUCUCGCCCAGCAGUUCCUGUCGGGAGCUCUCUCCACGCAAGGGCUGGGUGAGGCCGUCAGAGCUGCCCUCGAGGAAACGGCUGCCACUGCCAACGUCACCUUCGAGGGCCUGAGGGACCAGGUGACGGCCGACCAGCUCCUGAGCUCAGAAAUUAUCAACAAAGACCUGUUCAAGAAACUCAAGGAGGGUGAAACGUCAGCCAAAGAAGUUGUGGGCAUGGACACGGUCAGGAAGUACCUGCAGGGCACAGGGAGCAUCGCGGGGCUGCUGCUCCCCGACUCCCAGGAGAAGAUCAGCAUCUACCAGGCAAAGAGGAAAGGACUUCUAAGGCCGGGGACGUCUCUGAUCCUCCUGGAGGCACAGGCUGCCACGGGGUUUGUCAUUGACCCCACUGCCAACAAAAGGUAUUCCGUGGACGAGGCCUUGCGGGCGAACGUCAUCGGCCCGGACGUUUACGACAAGCUGCUGGCUGCGGAGAAAUCAGUCACCGGCUACAGAGAUCCCUACUCAGGGAGCAAGAUCUCCCUCUUCCAGGCCAUGCAGAAGGAGCUGAUCGUCAGGGACCACGGCAUCCGCCUGCUCGAGGCCCAGAUCGCCACCGGCGGCAUCAUCGACCCCGUGCACAGCCACCGCAUCCCCGUGGAGGUGGCCUACAAACGGGGCUACUUCGACAAGAAGAUGAAUUUAAUCCUCUCCGACCCCAGCGACGACACCAAGGGCUUCUUCGACCCCAACACCCACGAGAACCUGACCUACCUGCAGCUGAAGGAGAAGUGCAUCACCGAGCCCUCCACCGGGCUCUGCCUCCUCCCUCUGAACAGCAGGAAGCGCCAGUUCAUCGACGAGGCCACCAGGCAGGUGUUCAGGAGCUCCUGGCUGCCCGUCAGGUUCGGGCGCCUACGGGGGGAGAAGGUCUCUGUGUGGGACCUGCUGAACUCCGAGUACUUCAGUGAGGGGAGGCGCCGGGAGAUCUUCAACCACUUCCAGCUGAGGAAGCUCAGCCUGGAGCAAAUCCGACUGCUGCUGGAGGAGGAAAUGAAGAAGUGGGCCCCCAUCAAGUUCCCAGCCAUGCGAGGCAGCGUCAGUGCUUACCACCUGAUGGAAACGGGCGUCAUCGACAGGGCCCUGUUUGAGAAGGUGCUGGAGGGAUCCGUCACGCCAGAGCAAGUCCUGCGCAUGGACUCUGUCAGGAAGUACCUCUAUGGCUCGGGCAGCAUCGGGGGGAUUGUGCUCCAGCCAUCGAACCAGAGGAUGAGCAUUUACGAGGCCAUGAAGCAGAACAUUGUGGUGCCAGGAGUAGCCCUGCCCCUGCUGGAGGCCCAGGCUGCCACGGGCUUCAUCAUCGACCCCGUGAACAACCAGAAGCUCCGUGUGGACGAGGCUGUCAGGGAGGGAGUCAUCGGCCCGGACGUCCACGAGAAGCUGCAGCACGCGGAGGGGGCCGUGACGGGCUACAAGGACCCUUUCACGGGCAAGAAGAUCUCCCUCUUCCAGGCAAUGAAGAAGGGCCUGAUCACGGACAAACAGGCCAUGCAGCUCAUGGAGGUGCAGAUGGCCACAGGAGGCAUCAUUGACCCCGCGUGUGGCCACCACAUCCCCCUGGAGUCGGCCCAGCAGCGAGGGUGCCUGGAUGAGGACACGAGCAAGGCCCUUUCCAAGCCCAGUGACGAGCACAGAGCCUUCUGCCUCCCGGACAGCAAAGAGUCCGUGACCUACGCUGAGCUAAUCCAGCACUGCCAGAAGGACGACGUCUCCGGCUUCCACCUGCUGCCUCUGCCCCAGACAGCUGCUCCUGCCUACACCGAUGAGCAAAUCCAACGGAUUUUCAAGGAAACCACGGUGAAGGAGAAAGGGGUUUCCCUCUGGGAGCUCAUCCACUCAGGGUAUUUCACUGAGGAGCAGAGGAGCGACUUCGUGGAGAGGUUCCGCUCCGAGGAGCUGUCGCUGCAGCAGCUGGUCGCUCUUGUGCUCAGGCUCGUGGGGGACAUGGAGAUGAAGGCCCGGACCCAGAUCUCCCUGGAGGGCCUGCGGGGCAGUGUCCCCGUGGUCUGGCUGCUGGACACUGGCAUCAUUUCUGAGAAGACGUUUGAAGAACUGGCUCAGGGCAUAAGAACUCCUGAGGAAGUGGCUGCGAUGGAGAGCGUGAAGAGGUACUUGCAGGGCACGGGCAGCAUCGCCGGCGUCUUCAUAGAGGCGUCCAAACAGAAGAUGAGCUUCUAUGAUGCCAUGAAAAACAACCUCCUCCUCCCUGGGGCUGCUCUGAGGCUGCUCGAGGCUCAGGCAGCCACAGGAUACCUGACUGACCCUGCAACGAACCGGAGGCUCAGCGUGAGGGACGCUGUGAGAGCGGCUGUUGUGGGCGAAGAGCUCACCGAGAAACUCCUCCUCGCCGAGAGGGCCGUGACGGGGUACACGGAUCCCUACACAGGGAGCUCCAUCUCCCUGUGCCAAGCGCUCAGGAAGGAGCUGAUCCCCCUGGCAGAGGCUGUUCCCUUGCUGGAGGCCCAGCUGGCCACGGGAGGGGUGGUCGAUCCCAUCCACCACCUCCACCUGCCUCUCCAGGCCGCGUGCAGGUACGGCUUCUACGACGAGGGCAUGAACCAAACCCUGUCUCAGCUGAACGACAGCACCAAGGCCUUUUUUGAUCCCAACACCAAGGAGAACGUGACCUACCAGCAGCUGAAGGAGCGGUGCAUUCGCGAGCCCGAGUCGGGGCUGUGGCUCCUCCCGCUGUCGGAAAACUCCAUGUUCUGUGUGGAUGAGCAGACCAUGGAAGUGCUGAAAUCUGUGACUGUCUGCGUCAACGUGGGGCGGUUCAAGGGACAGACAGUGUCUGUCUGGGACCUCCUCAACUCCGAAUACUUCUCAGACAGCAAGAGAAGGGAGCUGGUGCAAAAGUACAAAGAUGAGAAGACUGAAGUGCUGCGGGAGAUCACAACGAUUAUCACCACGAUCAUCCAAGAGACUGAGGCACAAGGCAAGAAGUUUGCAUUCCAGGGCCUGCGGAAAAGAGUAUCUGCCAGUGACCUCUUCCAGUCCCAACUCAUAGACAAAAAGACCCUCGAUGAGCUCAACCAGGGGAAGAAAACAGUCAAAGAAGUCACUGAGAUGGAGUCUGUCCGCAGGUACCUGGAGGGCAGCAAUUUCAUAGCAGGGGUCCUUAUACAGCCGAGCAACGAGAAGAUGAGCAUCUACCAGGCCAUGUGGAAAGGCAUCCUGAGGCCAGGGACUGCCCUGGUGCUGCUGGAGGCGCAGGCAGCCACCGGCUACAUCAUUGACCCUGAGAAAAACCAGAGGUUUUCCGUGGAGGAAGCGUUAAAGGAGGGUCUGAUCGGAGGGGAGAUUUUCGAAAAGCUGCUCUGCGCAGAGAGAGCCGUGACGGGCUACACCGACCCCUACACCAAAGCCCCCAUGUCCCUGUUCGAAGCCAUGAACCAGGGGCUGAUUGUGAAGAGCCACGGCAUCCGCCUGCUCGAGGCCCAGAUCGCCACCGGCGGCAUCAUCGACCCCGUGCACAGCCACCGCCUGCCCGUGGAGGUGGCCUACAAACGGGGCUACUUCGACCAGGAGAUGAACCAGGUCCUGUCCGACCCCAGCGAUGACACCAAGGGCUUCUUCGACCCCAACACCCACGAGAACCUGACCUACAUGCAGCUGCUGGAGAGGUGCGUCCAAGACCCCGAGACUGGGCUGUACAUGCUGCAAGUUGUCAAGGAAGGAGGGAAGUACUUCUACAUCGACGAGUCCACAAAACAGGCUUUGCGCUCGAAGCCCCUCCAGGUGAAGGUUGGGAAGUUUAAGGGCCAAACGGUUUCCGUCUGGGAAGUGCUCUGCUCCCACUACAUCUCGGAGCAGAAAAGGAAAGAGCUGGUGAUGCAGUACAAAAGCAAAACCCUGACGCUGGAAAAUCUGAUAUCCCUCAUCUUAAAAAUCAUCGAGGACACGGAGCAAAGAGCAGAAGCCCUCAAGGUCAAAGGACUGCGGGGGGAGGUGUCGGUGUCAGAACUGUUCAACUCCGAGAUAAUCGACAAGAAAACCCUGGACCAGCUGCACGAUGGGAGUCUCACACUUGCCGCCCUCACAAAGAGGGACAGCAUCCAAAGGUACCUGGACGGCACUGGGAGCAUCGCCGGGGUUCUUCUCCCACCGAGGAAGGAGAAGAUGAGCAUCUACCAGGCACUGAAGAAGGGCCUCCUCACAGAGCAGUGUGCGCUGGGGCUGCUGGAGGCGCAGGCGGCCACCGGCUUCCUCAUCGACCCCCUGAGCAACCAGAAGCUGUCGGUGGACGAGGCCGUGUCGGCCGGGCUGGUGGGCAGCGAACUGCACGAGCCGCUGCUGCUGGCAGAGAAAGCCGUGACGGGAUACACGGAUCCUCAAACGGGAGAUAAAAUAUCCCUCUUCCAGGCCGUGAGGCAGAAGAGAACAGUCAGGGACCACGGCAUCCGCCUGCUCGAGGCCCAGCUCGCCACCGGCGGCAUCGUUGACCCCGUGCACGGCCACCGCCUGCCCCUGGACGUGGCCUAUCGGCGUGGGCACCUGGACGAGGACAUGUUCCUCCUGCUCUCGGACCCAGACCACGGCAGCAAAGGCUUCAUAGACCCCAACACUCGCGAGAAGAUCAGCUACAGUCAGCUCCUGCAGAGGUGUGCCAAGGACAGGGAGAGCGGCUUGUACCUGCUGCAGGUCCUGGAAAAGCAGGACGACUAUUUCUACAUCGACGAGCAGACAAAGAACACCCUGCUGUGUACAAUGGUCCAAGUGCCCGUGGGGAAAUACAAGGGACAAGUGUUAUCUCUGUGGGAACUUCUCUGCUCCGAGUACAUCACGGAGGAGAAAAGGAAAGAACUGCUGAAAAAAUACAAAGCAGAAUCUCAACAUAUACUGCAGGGAAUCAUUGAGAUAAUACUAAAGAUCAUCAGGGAAAAAGAGGAGGACAGAAGUGAUGUCUGGUUCCAGGGAAUCCGGCAACAAAUAACAGCGUCAGAACUGCUCAGUGCACAAAUAAUUACAGAGGAAACCAUAGAAAAACUCCACGAAGGAAAAGAGACGGCUCAGGAAAUAGCACAGAUGGACAGUGUGAGGAGAUACCUCGAGGGAACCGGAAGCAUCGCCGGCGUGUUGGUGCCCUCCAAGGCCGACCCCGGCAGGAUGGAGAAGAUGAGCAUCUACCAGGCCAUGUGGAAGGGCAUCCUGAGGCAGGGCACGGCCCUGGUGCUGCUGGAGGCGCAGGCGGCCACGGGCUUCAUCAUUGACCCGGUCAACAACCAGAAGCUGUCGGUGGACGAGGCCGUAUCAGCCGGGCUGGUGGGCAGCGAACUACAAAAGAAACUUCUCAGUGCAGAGAGAGCCGUGACAGGAUACACCCACCCCUACACAGGGCAAAAGAUGUCCCUCUUCCAGGCCAUGAAGAAGGAGCUCAUCGUCAGGGACCACGGCAUCCGCCUGCUCGAGGCCCAGAUCGUCGCCACCGGCGGCAUCAUCGACCCCGAGCACGGCCACCGGGUCCCCGUGGAGGUGGCCUGCGAGCGCGGCUACCUGGACCAGGAGACGAGACAGUUCCUCUGCAACCCCGAGAAUCAAACCAGGAGCUGCUUCGACCCCAACACCCACGAGAACCUGACCUACGUGCAGCUGCUGCGCCGCUGCGUCCCCGACCCCGACACGGGGCUGCUCAUGCUGCAGCUGAUGGACAAGGGCUCCGUGCUCUACCAGCUCACCGAGGACGCCCGCAAGGCCCUGCAGGCCGCCCGCACCACCCUCAGCGUGGGGCUCUUCCAGGGACAGAGCGUCACCCUCUGGGAGCUCCUCUUCUCCCGCUACGUCCCCGAGCUCCAGCGAGAGGAGCUGCUGAGGAAGUUCAGGGCGGGCACGGUGACCAUCCCGCAGAUGACGACCGUCCUCACCGCCACCGUCACCGGGGCAGAAAUGGGAAACGGGGGCCUGAGCUCACCCGCAGCCAAACCCCACAGCGAGGUGAGGGCGGCACCCCCAGCUCAGGACGUGCAAUCCCAGGAGCAACAGCUGAGAAAGUCCUUGAAGUCUGCGACCGUCCGCGUCACUGCCGGGGAGUUCCGGGGCCAAAACGUGUCCUUGCUGGACCUGCUCUUUUCCAAAUACGUCCCUCAGGGGAAGCGGCAGGAGCUGCUGGAGCUGUACAGGGCGGGGAUACUGAGCACGGAGCAGGUGGCCACGGUGGUCACCACCAUCCUGGACAGAACAGAAGCCGCGAACGCCGCGCUCGCGGCAAGGGCCAGAAAUCCACACAGGGCAGUGGCGAGGGCAGGGGCCGAUGGAGAGGAUUGUUCAGCUCAAUACACACACCUGGAUGAUGCCUUGAAGUCCACCACCAUCAGCGUUCCAGCUGGGAAGCUGCGGGGGAGGCAGGUCUCCCUGUGGGACCUGCUCUUCUCCGACUGCAUCACCGAGGAGAAGAGGCAGGAGCUGCUGGAACUGUACCACGAAAGGUUAUUAACUCUGGAGCAGAUGACAACCGUUGUCACCACCCUCGUUAAGAAAAGAGAAUCUACAGGCAGGAAAUUCCAAAUUAAAGUCAAGGGUUCUGACAAGGACACUGUGACAGGGGCAGGAGAGGAGGGUGACAACCCCCCCAAAGAAGAACCGAGCGAAACAGCUUUGAAAACCACAGUGGUCGACGUGGAGAUUGGGGAGUUUCAGGGCCACAAGGUCUCCGUGUGGGACCUGCUCCACUCCCAGUAUAUCCCCGAGGAGAACAGGAAGGAGCUGCUGGAGCUGUACGAGGCAGGGGAGCUGACCCUGGAGCAGGUGAAGAGCGUUGUCACCACCAUCGUGACCAAGGCAGCGGCAGCGGGGGCAGAGCAGACGUCACCCGUGGGUGGUCCUGAGGCAGAGCCCACGGGCACAGAGGCUGAGCCCAAGGGCACAGAGGCUGAGCCCACGGGCACAGAGGCUGAGCCCACCCCCCUGCACAGGGACACGACCCUGGAGGAGGCCCUGAAGGCCACCCCAGUCGAGGGGUCAGUGGGUGAGCUCCAGGGGAGGCAGGUCUCGCUGUGGGACCUGCUCUUCUCCGAGGACAUCCCCGAGGGGCAGAAGGAGGAGCUCCUGGAGCUGUGCCGUGAGGGGACACCCACCGUCCAGGAGCUGCUCAGCACCAGCGGCAGCCUCGUGGCCCGCGGCCAGGGGAGGCACCUCACGGCCCUGCCCCGCCAGACCGUGGACCUGCUGCGGUCCGAGGGCUCCUACAUCACCUUGGGGCCGUGCCAGGAGCGCAGGGUGUCGGUGUGGGAGCUCCUCUCCUCCAAGCAAGUCUCCGAGUACAAGCGCGAGGCCCACCUCGACUCGUACGGCAGCGGGGGGCUGACGGUGAACAGGAUCACCAUCACCACCACCGUCACCACGGGCCCCCAGCGCCAGCACAGCCACCAGCGGCACCACUGA